UAUUACAGCUAGUGAAAGUUGUUCCGUUCAUCACCGUGGUGGUGGUGGUGGCAGCGACGACAAUGACGACCACGAGGACGACGACGACUUAAAAUGGUUCCAAUUGUUUAAUGGUAUGUAGAACGCUUUGUUGUUAAUAGCAACAAAUGUAAGGGAAAUAAUUUUGUGACCAAAUAAAAAAAAAAAAAAAGCGUUGUUCGUUUUAAAGUGUAAACGAUGUAUCGCUGGAAAAGACUUGCGACUUUGCAACGAAUAUUCCCUCCAAAACUGGGGAUCAAGGUAGUCAUUUGGAAAGACUUGGACCCAGACCAAUCACAAGCACUUAAGGAUGCCCUAACACUGCAAAAUGUGAAAACUAUCCUUGCUGAAAUCUUCAAUCUCACCAAUUAUGCAGAAGAUCUCAGAGAAGCAAUUCUGCUCAACCUAUACACAUAUACAUUACAAUAUGCAAGGGAUGAAGACUUCACAAUUGAUAAGUUGUCUACCUACUUUUCCAUUGUGAAAGAUGCUCAUGAAUUCUGUACAAAAAGCUCUUUUAUUAACUUGGAUGAAACAUUUUCAUAUUUCAAGGAACUACUCUUGUGUCAUAGUGUCUAUUGUCCACCAUUUAGUACUGAAUUGUUUACACUGGGUGAAGUAAGGAAGAUAUCUUUCCAUAUGAUUAACACAUAUUUUAGACACUUCAAACUCUACAAGUAUGCAUUCACUCCACAGGUGCAGCUUGAUUUAGCUUUAGUCUACAUUGGAGAACCUGAAUCCAUAACAAACCAAGUUGAUCAUCAGAUAUCUGAAAAUAGAGGUUCCCAAGCAACAGAUGAAAAUAUUGACAAAGAAAAUGAGCCGGCCAGGAUUUCUGAAAAAGAAAAAAUUGACUGCUGUUACACCUGGAAAAGGAUGGACUCCACAAGUUUUAGAUUACUAAGAGAUACUAUAUGCCAUGCUGAGUACUAUCUUAAAGUGGGUGCUACAGGAACUGCAGCACCAGGACUCAGAAGGCUUAACGGCCCAUUAAUAUGAUCUAAUAACGUAUUGAUGGAAGUGGGGCUCAGUUCUUCAGUACAGUGCAUAAACUCGAAAGCAUGUGUAUGAAGUUCUAUAUAGAUAUAUACAAAGGUAAAAAGUAAUUAUUAUUAUAAUUUUUGCGAACUCUGUCCGUAACAUAACUUCUGGUUUAGUUCACAACUCCCCCACUCUCUUGCUCUUUCUCUCUCUCUCUUUCUCCAUCUCUCUCUCUCACUCUGUUUUCUCUCUCUUGGUCUCUCUCCCUCACUUUGUAUGAAUGUAUAUAUGAAUUUAUGCAGACACAUACCUAUAUCUCUCAACACUAUCACUAAAGACAUUAGAACAAAAAUAUCUAUCUCUAUUUUGCCAGCAUCUUUCUGUUUAUCUCUUUCUCCCUCUCUCCCCCUCUCUCUUUCUAUUUGUAUGUAUGACGUGUUUACACACACACAGGUACAUGUAUACAUAUGCGACAGCAAUAUUAUCUGACUGUAUGGUUGUAUGCAUGUAUGUAUGUAUGUGCGUAUGUUUGUACACAAGUGAAUAUUUCUCAACAGGAUCAUUAAAAAAAUUAAGUUAACUUAUGAAGGUAAAUGGUAGGGUAAAAAACCCCUUCAAUCAUGAAUGACCAUGGGAUUGCACCUAAAAAGAUACCCUCCGAGGCACAAGUCCGGGCAAGGUUGUUUAUGGAAGACCAACAGUCGCCCAUGCAUACCAGCCUCUCCUCUCCACACCACCAAUGUUAUCCAGGGGAAAGGCAACCAGUGAUGUCGCAACUCAUUUCUACAGCUGUGUGAACUGGAGCAAUGUGAAAUAAAAUGUCUUGCUCAAGAACACAGUACACAGCCCAGUCUGGGAAUCAUGAGCCUGACUCUCUAACGACUGAGCCAUGUACCUUCACUCUUAUUAAGAUACAACUACUGAAAAUAAGAAUUUCUUAUUUUUGAAAGUGUCAGCUUUAUAAUUUAAUUAAAUGCCUUUAACGAUCAUACUGAGAAAUUUAUAUCUUUCUAUACAUACAUUCAUACAUGCUGAGAGAGAGUCAUUUAAUAUUGUCCUGUUGUUAGAAUAUGCCUGUGUGUGUGAGUACAUACCUGUGUCAUUAUAUAAAGAAAGACAAAGAGGGAGACAGACAAACAGAACAGAUGGAAAAAAUAGAGAUUCUUAUUUUUUUCCCAAUAAGCUGUUUCUUUUGAAAGAUUUGUCAACCUAUUUGUCAGUCUGUCUGUCUCUGUCUGUCUGUCUCUCUCUCUCUCUCUUUCUCGCCGCUAGUAAAAACUUUUGCUAGUCAUGCACGUACCUUCACAAAUUGCUCAAAGUGAAAGUCUUUUUUGAAAGUCUGUGUUGUAUUGUCUAUAUGUUGAAAGAAAUGGAAACACACACACUACCAAAACAGAAAAUGAUAUAUAUAUAUAUAUAUAUAUAUAUAUAUAUAUAUAUAUAUAUGUCCUUUAUAAAGUUUGUAUUGUGUUGUUUUCACAGACCUGCACUUGAAAUUCCCAUGUUUCUAAUCAGAACUUGUUAAUUAAUAUAGUGAGAACACUACCUAUCUAUUUAUAUAUGUCACAGUGUCUUGUUUUUCCAUUAAGUGAAGCAAUACACUAAUUUUCAUUGUAAAAUCUUCCAUUUAUAUCAGACUGUGUCUCUUUCUCUGCCAGCUCCCAGCAUUACUGUUUCAUUGUUUACAUUAGUACAAGUUCUUUAAAUAAGUCUGUUAGUAUUUAUAAAUAUGUAUGUUUAUGUGUACAUGCACCUCUGUGCAUGAGUCUUAUGUCCACAUAAAUUACCAUGUAGACAUCUACAGCUAUGAUUUCUUAAAGACAUCUGGAAUAUUGGGAUGGUUAUGAAGAGGAGUGGGUGGAUGUUCAGAAAGCCAAGAUUGUGGGAAAUUUUAAAAAACUGAAAUUUAAAAAAAAAUUAUUUUCAGAAUCAUAAUUUCUGUAUUUUAUCAUGAGGAUUUCAAAAAAUAAAUAAAUAAAUAAAUAAAAUUUUAAAAAUGAAGAAAUUGAGUUUGGGUAGGAAUUAAAAUUUUGAAAGAGUGCUUUUUGUGAAAAGUUGCAAUCUCUGUUGUUGAAAACCAAGAAAUCUGAGGAAAAUUUUUUAAACCAGUUGCUAAGAGAAAAA